AUGUCCCAGGUGAAACAGGUGGGUCUGCUGGCAGCUGGCUGCCAGCCCUGGAACAAAGACGUGUGUGUCGCCAGUGGCGACAGGUUUGCCUACUGUGCCACCCUCGCCAUUUACAUCUAUCAGUUGGAUCACCGAUACAAUGAGUUCAAACUGCGAGCCAUCAUGUCCGAGCACAAGAAGACCAUCACAGCUAUCUCCUGGUGCCCACACAACGCGGAGGUGUUUGCGAGUGCCAGCGCAGAUAACCUUCUCAUCAUCUGGAACGUGGCGGAACAGAAGGCUGUGGCCAGGCUAGAUAACACCAAAGGUAUCCCCUCGUCUCUGAGCUGGUGCUGGAAUGCGACGGACAGCGUGGCGUUUGUGUCUCACCGGGGCCCCCUGUAUGUCUGGGCCAUCUCGGGGCCCGACUCUGGGGUCACCGUCCACAAGGACGCCCACAGCUUCCUCUCCGACAUCUGCCUCUUCCGCUGGCACCCCAUCAAGAAAGGCAAGGUGGUGUUCGGACACACGGACGGCAGCCUGUCCAUAUUCCAGCCAGGCUCUAAGAACCAGAAGCAUGUUCUGCGGCCGGAGUCCCUGGAGGGCACGGACGAGGAGGACCCCGUCACGGCGCUGGAGUGGGACCCGCUCUCCACCGACUACCUGCUGGUGGCCAACCUGCACAACGGCAUCCGGCUGGUGGACUCGGAGUCGCUGUGCUGCAUCACCACCUUCAGCUUCCCCAGCGCCGCCGCCUCCGUCCAGUGCCUGGCCUGGGUCCCCAGCGCUCCCGGCAUGUUCAUCACCGGAGACUCCCAAGUUGGUGUCUUGAGGAUAUGGAAUGUUUCGCGGUCAACACCUCUAGAUAAUUUCAAAUUAAAGAAGACGGGAUUCCACGCACUGCACGUGCUCAACUCCCCACCAGCUAAGAAAUCCUUCAACACAAUAUCUCCAACAAAGAACCACUACACGUCGUCCACCAGUGAGGCAGUGCCGCCCCCGACUCUCUCCCAGAACCAGGCCUUCUCCCUGCCCCCCGGCCACGCCGUGUGCUGCUUUAUGGAUGGAGGCGUGGGGCUUUAUGACAUGGGCGCCAAGAAGUGGGAUUUCUUGAGGGAUCUGGGCCAUGUGGAAACCAUAUUUGACUGCAAGUUCAAGCCAGACGACCCAAACCUUCUAGCAACCGCAUCAUUCGACGGAACGAUCAAAGUGUGGGACAUCAACACCCUCACUGCUGUUUACACAUCUCCAGGCAAUGAGGGUGUGGUCUACUCCCUGUCCUGGGCACCUGGGGAUCUUAAUUGUAUUGCUGGAGCAACUUCCAGAAAUGGAGCCUUCAUCUGGGACGUGAAAAAAGGAAAAAUGAUUACAAGAUUUAAUGAGCAUGGGAAGAAUGGCAUAUUUUGUAUUGCUUGGAGCCACAAGGACUCAAAAAGAAUAGCUACUUGUAGUGGGGAUGGGUUUUGUAUAAUACGUACCAUUGAUGGAAAACUCUUGCACAAAUAUAAACAUCCCGCUGCAGUGUUUGGCUGUGACUGGAGUCAGAAUAAUAAAGAUAUGAUAGCCACGGGCUGCGAAGAUAAGAACGUGCGCGUCUAUUACCUGGCCACCAGCUCCGACCAGCCACUCAAGGUGUUCACGGGGCACACGGCCAAAGUGUUCCACGUGCGCUGGUCGCCGCUGAGGGAGGGCAUCCUCUGCAGCGGCUCCGAUGACGGGUCGGUCCGUAUCUGGGACUACACGCAGGACGCUUGCAUCAACGUGCUGAGUGGCCACACGGCGCCCGUGCGCGGACUCAUGUGGAACACGGAGGUGCCGUACCUGCUCACCUCGGGCAGCUGGGACUACUCCAUCCGCGUCUGGGACACCCGGGACGGCACCUGCCUCGACACCGUCCACGACCACGGGGCAGACGUCUAUGGCCUGACCUGUCACCCAAGCCGGCCCUUCACCAUGGCCUCGUGCUCGCGAGACUCCACAGUCAGACUGUGGUCUCUCACGCCUCUCAUUGCUCCUCUCCUGGUAAACAUUCUUACUGACCACAGCUGGGAUGACAUCAUUGGGAACACAGACCGUGCCAUGGUGCCCGGGGCAGCUCCACUCCUGUGUGGCAAAGUGUCCAGAGACAUCAAACAGGAACUGGACAAACUCACUGGUGACCUGAGCACAAAGAAACUGAGGUGGUUUUCUGAGUGCUUUUCACCUCCAGGCGGCAGCCAUAACCUGUGGAACCUUGUGGCGGUAAUAAGCGGCCAGGAUGAUAGCUUACUGCCCCAAAGCUACGGCCAGGACCUCAUGCACAUGAAGCACCUGACUCGCUUCAAAACUUCUGAGGCCCAAGAGCUGACGAUUGUGAAGAUGAGUAAGUUUGGAGGGGGCAUCGGGGCGCCCAGUAAAGAGGAGAGGCUGAAGGGAGCAGCGGAGAUCCACCUGAGGCUGGGCCAGAUCCAGAGAUACUGUGAGCUCAUGGUGGAGCUGGGAGAGUGGGACAAGGCGUUAUCAGUAGCCCCCGGGGUGUCCCUGAAGUACUGGAAGAAGCUCAUGCAAAGGAGAGCAGACCAGCUGAUGCACGAAGGCAACGAUGAUGUCAUCCCCUACUGUGUUGCCACGGGCGAUGUGAAGAAGCUGGUCAAUUUCUUCAUGAGCCGCGGCCAGCUGAAGGAAGCCUUACUCGUGGCACAGGGUGCUUGUGAGGGAAAUAUCCAUGUGCCUCAGACCUCCUCAGCAAACAACAACGCGAGUGCAGACAAUGAUGACAUGGAAGCGUAUAAUGGGCUCCUGCAUAGUGUGUGUAAAGAGUUGGCAGAGUGGUAUUUCCAGGAUGGACGUGCAGUCUUGGCGGCCUGCUGCCAUCUGGCAGUGGACAGCACAGAGUUGGCGAUGGCCACCCUUAUCCGCGGUAAUGAGCUGGAGCUGGCGGUGUACGUGGGCAAGGUGCUGGGGGAGCUGGCGGCUCCGGCCACACAUUACGUACUGGAACUCCUGGCCAGGAAGUACAUGACCACAGCCACCUGGGAUUUAGCAUGCCAGCUCCUCCAGAUGAUUCCAGACAACGAGAUCCUGCUCGCCAAACUGUGUGCCUUCUACCCGGGCAGUGCUGCUGAGAUAGAUGAGUUGCACGAGAGAUGUGGUCUGCCCAGUCUAGAGGAAUGUAAGGACUUGGCAGAAUCUGCUGAAGGUGAGGGGGACGUCUUCAAUGCUGUCAAAUAUCACUUGCUGAGCCCAGAGCCCGACAAGGCCUUACCCAUAGGACUGACUUUUGUGAAAGAACAGUUGACUGGUUCGGAAUGGACAGUGGACUCCAUCUAUCCUGUCCUUGAUCUACUGGGAUACAUUCGGACAGAUCGACUUGUCCUCUCCAAGUGUAGUGAACAUCGCAAUGAGCUGCUCAUUAUCUGUGGCUACAUUGGUGCACUCCUGGCCAUCUCAAGACAAUAUAUCAGUAUUGUGCCUGCACUUUAUGAGUACACCAGUCAAUUGCUGAAGAGGAGAGAAGUGGCUGUUCCCUUAGAGAUCGAACAGCUCUCAGUGGAGCUAGAGGCUUGGAGGGCCUGCAUGCAAAAUGUAGUCAAGGGCCCCGAGGAGCCAUCGUACAGUCCUCCAUCUGAGGCUCAGAAAGAGGCGUACGCCCAGCUGCUCAGCAGGAUCACGGAGCAGCCUCACAUGGAUCUGCAGGGCCCAGACUAUGUGACCGGAUCCAACCUGCCCAGCCACUCGGACGUCCAGAUCUCCUGCUUCACUGGAGUCAGGAUACAGGGCCCGGUGUUCUUCCUGGAGGACGGGAAGUCUGCCAUUUCUCUGAAUGAUGCACUGAUGUGGGCCAAGGUCAACCCUUUCUCCCCACUGGGGACCGGCGUACGCAUUAACCCUUUCUGAUCAGAGAGGCCAAGAGGCGGCUCGGCAUGGCAACAUGCGUGGAAGUAUAGAGGCUGCAUUUCGGGACUGUGGGGGGGUUGUCGCCAGACACGAUCUAGGAUGGUUUGUCAGUGGACCACAGGGUUAUGGAACGACACAAAUGUUCUUACAGUUAAAAUGUUACUCCACGAGGUGUAUUACAAAUGCACACACAAGUCUGACAGUGUUCUAGCUUUAACGUAUAUAAUUCCACAUCUAAAAAACUGUAGGAACUUAUGCAGGUGGCUCUAUGUGCACAUUGUGCAGGUUUCUUCUGAAUGAUUGAUUAAUUACCUUUUUCAGCAGUUAAAUUGUGACAGUCCUCAGUAGUUAACAUGUUUCUCUUUUGCUGCAAUAGUAUUCAGUCAUUUCAUUUAUGGAGAUAAAAGACAGAUCAUAGAGCUGGCUCAUGGCAUUAAGUGUUUGCUUCAUUCUGAAUGUAGUUCCACAGGAGCGUAUUGCACUGUCCUGCAUAGGACUGUAGUUAUCUUACCGGAAUGAAUCGAGGUGAAUACCAAUUCAAUUUGAAAUGAGAUGAGAGAUGCAAAUGCCAAUCACAAUUGCAUUGGAGCCUGGCAUGGGUGUCUUGCAGGGGUAGAAAAGUCCAUCUUCAGAAAGUAAAAGUCCUACCAGUAUCUGCUCCAACCAUUCACUUAAAUCAAGCGAUUCUAAUUAGCACAACUCUUCAGCUAGAUAGAUCAACAAAUUAGUGAGAUCACCUGUGACAAGUGCACAGGAAUUUCUGAAGCCAGACUUUUCCACCUCUGAUGUCCUGUUAUGUAUGUAACUGAUUCUGGAAAUGUAUUUUUAUAGAAACCGUUUCAGCAGUCGAGAUAUGAACUGAUAUCUCAAAUAGUAUAUUAUGGUGUACCACAGCUACUGUUUUCUUGUGCUACAUUACCAUUUCAGGGAUGAAUACCAUUCGAGACAAGUACAGAUUUGGCUAAGGAAGAAAUAGUUUUUUUGUAUAAAGUGAAAAUGCUCUACUUUUGUUUGUGUACGUUUUGAAAAGUUGUCAUGGUCAUUUGUUUGUGGGCUGCAUUUCCCUGGAGUCAUUUGUUAUUUGAUGUACCAUUGUUCAAACAUACUAUAUCUGCUGAGUCCUAAUUCUGACUCUCUUACUGCAACAGUUAUAAUUUAUUUAGGCAAUAUGACUACCACUGUUUAAACAUGGGAAUAAUGUUUUGUAUAAAAUCCCCUUGAGAGAGAUACCUGGACCCGUGCCUUAAGAUAGAGAACAAAAAAAAUAUCAUUACUAUCUAUAUGGUGUGGUCAGAACAUAAAUAUUAGUCAAACUGGAUAUGUUUGUUAUCCACCUCAGCUUUACAAUGGAGGUUUAAGAAUGCAGACAUGACACUUAAGUUUAUGUUGUCUCAGAACUCAGAAAUGCAUAUUGGUUUUAGACCAAUGUAUGUGUUCUUUUGGACGGGUUAAAUUAUUUUCAUACAUUUGCACUGUGAUAUGUAUUCAUUUGUAUAUUUUUCACCUUUUGUUUCCUCUGCGUCAAGAUGUAGAGAGUGUAAAUUUCAUUAAAA